GAUAAGAGUAUUAUAGCUUCUUUGUAUGAAAACGGUUUUAUAUUUCGGUCACACGACCAACAUGCUUCGGCAUUUACGAGCGAAACAUCCGAAUGAUUUCUCCGCUUUGGACAAAAGAAAAUCCACAUCGGGGAAAAGCGCCUCAUCCAACCAUAAUAACGGCUGUGUGGAAGUGACCGUCAUGAUGGACGAGCAGCAGGUCGAGGUCCCGGCCGAGGUGGGAGACGCGGAGAUGGACGGGGCGAUCCGAGGAAUCCUGUGUGCAGCUGCAGGAGAAGCGGCGACAGAAGGAGAGGCGUCCGGGUGCGAAGGCGAGGGCAGAGGGACUCAGGAGGGCAGCCCUGCCCCAGCCCAAACUCCAACCUCACGCAAGUGGAGUGCAGUGUGGGCUCACUAUCGCAAAGUGGACCAGGAGAAGAAGGCACUGUGUUUACUGUGCACGAAGAAGAUCUGGCACCAGAGCAGCACCAGCAACCUCAUUAGGCACCUGCAGAACAAGCACCCGACUGAGUACGGCCAGGUCAAACAGCAGUUACAGAAACGACCCCCUAAACGCAAAAACAAGGAUCUGGAUUACUUCCCUGCAACUUCAAAUAUUCACACCAUGCUGGCCAGCCAGAGCGUCUCGUCUCAGCUCAGCAGCAGUCCCACAGGUACACAUCUCCCCGGGUUCUUUUUCUGUCUCUUCACACACAGUCAUAGAUUGUUGUUUUUUGUUUGUUUAUUGGCACAAAAAACAGUGAAGUAA